UUUUAAUUACAACGCCGCCAUUUAAUGCUCCCCCGUACCGUUGCCCCUCGCUUGCCGUUCCCCCCUCCCCAAAACCAACACCUCCGUUUCCCACUCUCUCUCCUUCCUCCCAUCCCUCGCUUCUUCUCCUUUUGGUCUCCAUCCCACUCUUCUCUUCUCUCUUGAAGAGAUUUCUCCAAGAUUUUUGUUGGGCGUUGGGAUUCUUGUGGGGAUCGGGGGAUGAGGGAGAUGGACUACCGAUUUCCGCGGAGCGUUAGGUCGCGGGGAAGGGAGAAGGCCUUCUGCGCGGGCGGUGGGACGGUUAGGAGGAUGAUGGUGGGCUUAUAUUCAAAGACUAAUGGCUAUGAUCUCGGUUCGCUGGGUCGGGGUCACGGCGAAGGAUAUGAGCAAUUAAAGGGACAAAGAAAUGCUGUUUGCCGUGCUGCAGAUUCUACUUGUGGAAGUGUCUCUCGAAGAGAAGAAAAUUCUUUCUCCCGUGAGUUGAGGCAAAACUCAUACAGGAAAGUCAGUGGAAGACCAAAUAAAGCAAUAAUGAAUGAAGAGAUGUUUAAAGAAACAGAUACAAAGAGAACCUCACCUAGUGUAAUUGCUAGAUUGAUGGGUCUUGAUGAGUUGCCUCCUCCCAAGGUAGUUGAUAAACAUAAGAAGGAAAUAGGGGGUUGCUUGUUGAAAGCAUCACAUACUACAGGUUCUCAAGAGAAGUAUGUGCCUUAUGUGGAUCGUUCACUUCAGACAAACACUCCUGAGCUCCAGGGAGUAAAAGAUGUUUUUGAAGUCAUGGAAACAUCCAAGGUUGAGAAGGACAAGGAUGAGUUCUUUCAUAAGGGAGUGCCAAGAAUGAAACUUGAGACUGAUGUAACCUUUAACAGGCAGAAGUUCAUGGAUACAAUGUUUCUUUCAACUGGUGAAACACUUAGAAGCUCAAAGGAAUUUAAUGAUGCAUCGGAAAAUUUUGAUACCAGCAGGGCUUCUUUUCUGAAAUAUCACCAAGAACCCAAUUCUCUAUGUACAAAACAUCUCCAUGAUUUGAAGUGUUUUCCUUCCUCGUCUCAUGCAAACCGCAUCACACUUUUAAAAUCAUCAAACACUACAAAGUAUGAGACUCAUGAAGUAUGCUCUUCUAGGAAACCCACUCCUGGCCUUCUGAGUCACUCUUUUAAAGAAUACAAUGGUUCUCAUUCAUAUAAGCUGCCAAGAUUACAGUAUGUUGGCAAAAAUUAUAUUUGUCCUCAUCCUAGUCAGAUUGUUGUUUUGAAGCCAAGUCUUGAGAAGGCCUGGAACACAGGUAAAACUGUUUCAUUACCAAGAGCCUCUGAGAAUUUUCAGUUGGAUUUCCGAAGUCACAGAGAAUUUGGACGACCUGGAUUUCGGGAGUCAUACAGGGAAGGAAGAGUUUGGCAUAAUUUCUUUGAUAAUGUGGAUGCUUUGGGUACCAAAAAGAAGAGUUCAAGAGAAAUUGCUAGAGAUGUUACAAUAGAAAUGAGACAGUCUGGCAGUAGUGAUACUAAGAGGGCAUCUACUUUGAGACUUAAUGGGCACAUCAGGGAUGAAAGCUCGUGUAUUAUGCCAGGAAUGUCUAAUCUACACAAUUCUGUGGCAUUUCGAAGGUCUUUUGAUCACUCGAAUGAGUGGAAUAGCAGCUAUAGCAACUCAUCCACUUAUUCUGCUGAAUAUUCCGUGAGCGGGGAAGCUAGAAGACACCUUUCCAAGCAAUGCAAGUUGAGCAACCAGUUUAAGGAGGUGGAACAUGUCGCUAGAGAUAUGAGUACUUUAGGGGAAAUGCUUGCUCUGUCUGAUGAGGAAAGACCGAUGACAAUUUGGGAUUUGCAGAGUAUCCAUAAAGUGUCGGAUGAGAAGCUGGCUCGAGCUGAGGUGCCCAAGACGCGGGGUUUCCCUUCAGGUAUUAGUAGUAUGGACGGCUGGAACGAUGGAUAUUUUAUAAAUCUACCAAGGUCCUCAUCUCUUUCAGGUUCAUCAAAAGUUCAUGAAGCUCUAAAUCCAUGCAGCAAAAGGGAUCGAAGUAGUGGUGGCGGUGGUGAUUGUUAUAUUCUUAAUGAUGUGCUAGGUUUGGGCCCAAAUGUUUCUUUAAAUGGAAAAUCCAACCUUGAUGGAAGUCCUUUAUGCAGAUAUGCUAAAUUUGACACUAAAUCUCAGUAUCUUAAUUCUGGGGGUGAGGAAAAGCUACCUGUAUGGGAUAUUCAUGUGAAUCCAGAAGAUAUGAGGAAAAAGGCUCAUACGAAAUUUCCUGCUGAAGUGAGGCCUAAGGUUCCUGACAUCUCUUAUGACACCAGGGCCGAUGUGGGGAUCCUGACUGAUAAUUUCUCAGUUCCCCAGAAUAUGGACUCCAAAAUUCCACGGGCAUCUGUCCAGCAGCGAACAAGAAAUAUACUUCUAAGAGAGGAUGGAGACUCUUCUGGCAAUGAUCAGAAUGGUCUAGCUAUUGAGGAAGCAUCAUUGGACUGUCCUCAAGUUGAUUUUCAUCCUAUGCACUCCGAUGAUACAGAAUCAGGGUCUUCUGUAAGCUCCAAAGAGGUUGUGCAACCAAGUCCGGUCUCUGUUCUUGAGCCACCAUCAGAAGAGAAGUCCAGUUUGGGAUGUUUCAAGAGGCUUGAUGCAGACCUUAAGGAUCUCCAAAUGCAGCUUCAAUUUCUGCAGCUGGAGUCAACUGAUGCACAUGCAGAUGGAUCUGGACUGCUCGUAUCAGGUAAUGAGGAUGUGAGUAGAGAUAGUCACUCCCUUGAGGAGACAGCAGACAUCCUGCAAGAAUUCAGGGAUGAAGAGGAAAGGGACUACUCAUACCUACUUGACAUUCUUAUUGAUUCUGGUGUUCAUGCUGUGAAGCAGGACAGGCUUGUCAAUUCAUGCUACUCUCCAGAAUAUCCAGUGGACCCAGGCAUGUUUGAAAAGCUUGAACAGAAGUACAACAAACUGACGACAUGGUCAAAAUCCGAGAGAAAAUUGUUUUUUGAUCUUAUAAACUCUAUUCUUGCUGAGAUCCUCGCCCCAUGCAUGGAUCUGCGUCCAUGGGUGCAGUCCAAUGGAAAGAUUGGGCCCAUGUGGGGCUGUGAAGGGCUAGUCGAGAAGGCAUGGCAGAUGUCAGUUAAACAACAGAAAGAACUGAAUAUGGGUAGUCCAGAGGAGAAGGUCCUGGAUUUUAAGUGGUCUGAAUCAGGAGAUGAUGUUGACAUAAUAGGAAGGGAGAUUGAGAGGAUGUUGAAGGAGGACCUUUUGGAGGAACUUGUUUCAGAGUUCAUCUUAAGGUAGGUUUCGGAAGAAUAUAUGUUUGGCAAAUACAUGCUACUGUCUAAUGGCCACCUCUGCAAUAGAAAUUGAAAGUUUCAGAUACCUGGGAAUGUCUAGUGGGCUUUGCUCUUGCGAUGUUGCUGCCUGAUAGUAUCAUCUAAAGUCAUCCAAGGUCCAGAAGAUCAUUAUGGGUCACGCGCUGUCAUUUUCCAUUUACUGAAGAGCCUAAUGCACUAGCAGGUGUUAAUCUCUCCUUUCAGAACAAUUAUCAAAGUAUUUAUAUUGUUGGCUUUAGCAAUGAACUGGUGAAGCAUCACAUACCCAUCCUACUCAGGUAGCAUGUGAUUUAUAGCUAAUAGCUGUCAUUGUUGGUUUGCCCAGAUACUUUACACCAAGAUUUGCAGUUAGUAGUUUUCAGCAGGUGGUUAUACUUUUCCAUGGUUCAAGAGAUGGAUAUGAUUGUGAAUGAGUGCUCCAUUUUGAUUGGGCUAAACUUGUAAGCAAUGUGAGUCGAAUAUGAACUUCAAAUAUUGUGGCUAUGGUCUCUUAAAAUCUUUUCCGUAACAUGGGAAAUGCGUGGAGUAGUGAAAUAUAAAAAAAAUGAAAAGAUGGGGAUGGAGAACUAGCAAGAUUGAAGGAGUUCGCAUUGAAGAAAAAACUUUGUAUAAUUCAGUAAAUUUUUUUGGGCUGGCAAUUUUAAGUGUGCUCGAGUUUGUCUAUUUUUGUCCGUGCAAUGUAUAGGUAGCUCGAGUUUAUUGUAUCAGGUUGUAGGACACUUGAGCCAUACUUAAUAAUUAGCUCUCUCUUUGAGAUUAUAGGUAGCUUGAGGUUAUUGUAUCAGGUUGUAGAACACCUGAGCCCUACGUAACUAGCUCUGUUUUGAGA